ACACCACAUCUCUCCAUCUGAUCGAUCACCCGAUCGCAUGCAUGUAUAUAUAACCCAAAUCCAUUCCAGGUUCCAGCACGUAGCAGUAGCUACUACUCGAUCGAUCUAUCGAUCCGAUUAAUAGUGCCAUGAAAUAUCUCUCCAUUUGUGGCAGUAAAUUAAGUACUAGCUAAGUUAGCUAAUGACACUGUUGGUACUUAAAGGCUUAAAAGCUAGCAGCUGUUGAGCUAGCUGUCUCAUGAAGCUAGCUUAAUUAAGUCUGAUUUAUAUAUAUAUAUAUGUAGACAUCCAGAGAGAGAGAGAGAGAGAGAGAGAGAGAGCCAGAGACAAGCUUAGCAACAACAACCAAAAGCAAGGAGCACUAACUGCAGCUGUUGGCGAUCGAAUUAAGGAUCCUGCAGCUACAAGCAAGAAGGUGCAGGUGCAGGGUGCGGCCAUGGCGAACUACCACCACCAGGAGUACUACCAGAUGGCGGCGGCGGCAGCGGUGGCGUGGCCGAGGGAGCCGGACAGCCCGCAGCUGAGCAUCAUGAGCGGCUGCAGCUCCCUCUUCUCCAUCUCCACCCUGAGGGACGACGACGACGGCGGCGGCGUCCGCCUCGCCGGCGCCGCGCUGCCCGCCACGCCGGUGUCGCUCGCCGGGAUCGCCGGCGGCGCCAGUACCCCCGGCGGCGACGAGGUGGACAUGGAGGUGCGGCAGCAGAGCGGCGGCAGCGGCGACGACCGGAGGACCAUCCGGAUGAUGAGGAACCGGGAGUCCGCGCUUCGCUCCAGGGCGCGCAAGAGGGCGUACGUUGAAGAGCUAGAGAAAGAGGUUCGCCGGCUGGUGGAUGACAACUUGAAUCUCAAGAAGCAGUGCAAAGAGAUUCGUAGUGCUAGGAAACAUCCCAUCUGACCAUAGGUUCUUAUAUUCUGGGAUGGAGCUGAAACAGGAGGUUGCUGCACUGGUGAUGCCUACAAAGAGCUCACUGCGACGAACUUCAUCAACUCAAUUCUGAAGGUCGACCAAAACAAGCAAGAUUAUCUGACGAUACAAAAUCAUUAGAAAGAUCUAAAUUAUGUGUAUUUGCAAUCCGGUGUGCGUUUGUGCAGGGGUCAGGCAUGAGAGAGGAUAUUGUGUGUAGGUGAUCGAUGGAUGCUAUGAACUACCUCUGCAGUUAGAAAUGUGUUAGAUCUUGUCUCUGCAAAGAUGAACACCUUUUCUUACUUGUUCAACUCGAUCAGCAUGCAGUAUCCUGUUCAAUUUUUUUCCCCUUCAGCCAUUCAGAAAUUCAGAAGUGGCUAUCAUGCUUUAAUUUUGUUUCAA